UUGUAACAAUAAAGAAGUAAACUAUUUUGGAACGAAUGAAAUAACUCGAAUGAAAUAACCCAUAUUUAAAUAGAAAUAAAUAAUGAAAGUAGGACACAAACUCCAAAACCCACAUUAAUUUUGUGAUUGAGAGAGUGACAUAUAGUGUGAAGGGCAAAGAUAAGUUUUGCUAUUAACAAGUUACAAAAUCCAAGGGGCAGAAUGACUUCUACUCUCUCUCAGAAGCUAGGGCUUAUCCAUCCUUUCUCCAGCUCUUCCCUAGAAACUCCUCUGUCCGAAUCGAUCGGAGGAGAGAUUUCUCGCCGGAAAUCCGCACUUCCGGCUUCAGAAGCUGCUGAGGAUCACCUUUGUUGCCGGAGAAACGCGAGUGAAAGCGCGGUUGAAUUGAAAUACUCGGUUGUUGUUUCCGGAGAAGAGGCGGCGGUAAUGGAGGAGGAGAUGGAGGAUGCGGUGGAGUUCACGUUCACGGUGGUGGAGAUUGACCUGGAUUACGAAUUCGACGCGCCGCGGUACUUCGAUUUCAGCGGCGGCGAGUCGCCGGCGGAGGCGCGUGCAGCUGAGACCUGGUUUGAAUCCGCCGGCUCAUAUCCGCCUUCUCCUUUUGUCAAAAAUCCAAUUUCCAGUGUAGCCAAUUGGUGCGGAAAGGGAAGCACCUCCCCUAAACCCAAAGAUGCUGAUAGUAUGAGUCUGUCAGAAAGUGAGUCUGAUAAUGAGUUAAAUCAAGAAUAUUAUUCUACACACGUGUGUAAUACAGUUGUUCAAGGAAAUGGAGCAGUAAUUGCACCUACUUUUGGUAGCACCAAGGUGGCAAACUUUCAGAAUCCACCCCAAGUAUUACCAUCAGGUCUUACAUUCUACAAUCACAUCGAAAAAGAUAAAUCAAAAACUAAAAUUAAGUUUGGCGGGAAGCCUUCUUAUCCCAAGACCUCUACUCUAAUGAAGCCAACAGCAAGUCACCUGGCCAAGCAGAAUCCGUCCCUAGUUGGUGGAGUAAGAUCUCUAAAUUUUAUGCUCGAGAGAAGUGAACUAAACACAAUUGUUAGUGAGAACCAAGCAAAAAAGAGGCAGAAGCUUGAAGGCGGUUUGCUGCACAAGGUUGCUGAUACAAACACACAGGCGAACUUUUUUCAUAAGAUCCCAAAGAAGGGUACAACUCCUAAACUUGGGGAAAAACCACAGAAAGAAGCAGAAAAUGGGGAAUCGGGUGUGUACAGAUUUAAAGCCCGUCCUUUGAACAGAAAAAUAUUUGAAGCUCCCUCAUUUCUUCCAAAGAGAAGUACCCCACAACCUCCCCAGUUUCGAGAGUUCCGUUUAAAGACAUCGGAGAGGGCUAUGCAGCACAACUCGGCAGUUUUAUCUUCCAAUGCUGUUUCCAACUCUACCAAUAAGGUAUUUCAGAAAUCAAAUACUGGUUUCACCCUUGAGUGUGGAAACAUAGAAGUUAGAAGACCCAAUGUCAUGGACCAAGUGAAACAAGAAGGAUCCUUGCCAACACACAAUUUCAAAGCUCUCCCUCUUAACAAAAAGAUACUAUCAAGCAGAGGUGAUAUGGGGGUUUUCCGUAACAUAAAAAAGGAAACCACCGUGCCAAUGGAAUUUAACUUCAGUACUGAAAAAAGAGUUCACCACCAUAACCCACCAAUUGAACUCUUUAACAAGUUAUCUCUGACUUGUGGAACCCAACCGUGUGCCGAUGCUUCUUUAAGGUUGCAACAGCCUGCACGCAUAUCUUCAAAGGGUUGUAAAGAAAAUAGAUGGGCUCACUUCCAACAAAAUUGUGAGGUAAAAGAGACAGACAAGAGAGAAGUCACAAGGUCUUCUUCAUGCAAAGCAGAUUCAGAAUUUCGCAGACGGGUUUGUUGACAACGGCUUCAGGUUGAUACAACAUAGCACAAUGUAAAUAGAAUGGUUAGAAACUU